AUGGGUAAAAAAUUCUUAAAAAGAAACUGUUUUUAGUUUAUUUUUUGUGUUGUUGUAUUAAAGGAUUAGUUUUGUUUUUGUUCUUGAAUUAUACCCUUUGUUGGCUGUUUAUUUACAAUCAAGGCCAUCGCUGGCUUCCCAAACCCUAGCAGUGAUCUUCAAGGUCUAUAAGUAAUGGCCAUUGCUUGGGCUGAUCUCCAACGAGCUUUCAAUCUGAUCCUUCUUCUCCAAUGUUUGGUGUGAUGAGGAGGUUUUUUUGGUUGUGGACUAGAGUUUCAGAUCUGGUCUGUGCGCCAGAAGCUGAAGAGUAAUCCCUUGGCUGUCUGAGCACCAAUUCUUACACUAGCAGUACACUCUUGACCUCUUCAAGGACCAGAUUAUUGGAAGAUUGCUUGUUAUACUUUCUAAAGAUGGCAACACAAGAUGAGCAGCUUGCUGCACUCAAUCCAGGUCCUGUUGAUGGAUCGUUACUGAACCUGCAGAGUAGGCAUCGCUCACAAGAGAUUGGUGAGGGAAAGAUUGUACCACGCAUCAGAUUAAUCGAGCAUGGCAAGGCAUUCUCUCAGUGGACUGUUACUCAUGGGAGUGUCUUGGCACUUUUACGAGAUGCAGGGAUGUAUUAUGUGUCUCGCCUCAGUCGUGUCAUUAUAGAUCAUGCAUUGUUGCGAGCACUUAUUGAGAGAUGGCGGCCCGAGACACAGACAUUUCAUUUCCGGAUUGGUGAGAUGACAAUUACUCUUCGCGAUGUUGCCCUACUAGCUGCAUUGAGGGUAGAUGGUGAACCAGUCACAUGUACAACUCUCCGUGACUAUACGAGGCUGUGUGUUCAGUUGUUAGGCCAGGCUCCAGAUCAUAUCCAGGCUGGUUGUGUGAAGCUGAAGUGGUUACGAGUUACUUUCAUGCGUGAUAUCGCCUCGGAUGCACCACAAGAGGUAGUGGAGCGUUAUACUCGUGCAUAUAUCCUCUACCUCUUUGGCUCUGUUCUAUUCCCUGAUCCUUCUGGAAAUAAGGUGAAUCUAAAGUGGUUGUUAUUUUUGGAGGACUUCAGAAAAUGUGGCCAAUUUGCUUGGGGUGCAGCUGUGCUUGCCCAUAUUUAUAGGGAGUUGGGCAAGGUAUCUUUGAUGGGUCACACUGAUUGUUGCUGCUUCUUAGCAUUGGUUCAGCUGUGGGCAUGGGAGUACUUACCUUUUGUACGCCCUCGAAUAUUUGCUCCCGUAGAGAAUCAGUGUGAAGCUGGAGGGCAGUCAACUGAAAGUGAAGGACAAUUAGCUGAUGAGAGACGCCAGUGUGCACAUCCUGUUGAGAGCGCACCUGAGGUGAUUCAGCUUGCUCAGUUACCUGAAGAUAGCCCAGUUGGUUGCAGGUGGUUUUCUAUGUUGGUCUCCACAUCGAAGUUGAAGACAUCCAACACAGAAACGUAUCGAAAUCAGCUUGAUCUGAUGAAGCCUUCAAAUGUUAUUUGGAAUCCAUACUCAACUGCCGUUAUAAAUGCUUUACCAGAUAUAUGUAGAGAUCACCAAGAGUUAUGGAUGUCCCGGACUCCACUUAUCUGUAUUGAGACAGUCCAAAUGCACGUGCCGGACCGAGUUAUGAGACAAUUCGACCUACUACAACACAUCCCGGAGCCUGUUGAGUCAAUUGCAGCAGUUACACGACAAGGUAAAGUUGCAGAGAAUUGGCAAGCUCACCAUCACUCACAUGUCACUCGUUGGCAACAGAGGCAGCAAAAUAUUGUGACAGAGCACGGAGAACUGAAAAAUGCACCUAAGCAAGCGCUUGUGGCAUACAUGAAGUGGUACUGGCGUGUUACUCGACGCUGGAUCAUUACUCCAUCACAACAACCAGAAGACAGACCAUGCCAAGAACAAGCCCCUCUGGAGUUUGCAUUGGUUGACGAGAUCAGAUGCAUCCACAAGAUUGCCACUGAUAUGACUAGGUCAGAGAUGACAAUAGAGGCAGCAAGGCGCGCACUGGAUCAAAUAGCUGCACAUUGUUCAGGCAUCAUACAGAAUCUCUCAUUCAUUCCUAAUGGUGUUUCUAUACCCCUGCCCGCUCCAACCGCGCGGUCCACCACCGACUUUAAGCAUAAAAUAGUGCAUCGACGUCGCAAUCCUGUAAAUGAUCAAACUCAAGAGGAUAAUAAGAGGCCUACUCAUCGACGUCGAUGUGAUCAUACCUCUCCAGAUGUAGAGGUACUGGAGCAUCCAGGAUCAUCAUCGAGCAGGUCAGACUGCGUCGCAAAUCAAUCCGAUGACACUAUUCAGUCUCAGAACACAGAUCUAACAGAAAAACAAUACUAAUCAGGUUGACAAAUGAGGAUGUUAGAGGACUGAGAAUGUGAGCAGUUGGCCUCUUAUGCUUAUCUAUUGUCUUCAGCUUAAAUUGUGCAGCUAAAGGGUUAAUCUUUUUGUCAAACAAUUGAUUAAACAAAGCGGCAAUAACUGGAUGAAUGAAUAGCUGAAAUUCCACUGAUUUUGUUAA